UUUGUUAUGGCUCCGUGCUGAGGUUGCUCCUCAUUGGUGUGAUCUGUCUUCUAAAAGCAAUGUGACUGAACUGUUAGUUUGGCGUCACCAAACUAACUGAUAUUUGGUUAUGACUGUCUUGCUUUUGACCUAUUUUCUCCUGUAAGGAGCUAAUAAGAUUUCUGCUGUGAUACACGCAAGAGAAGCAUAGUAUGUUUUAUGUGUGCAUGGUUUUCAUUGCCUCUCUGAGCUUGCUCGUGAAAUGUAAGUUGAUUAUUUUAAUGCAACAAUAUUGAUGAUCAUGUUUAUAAUGUGUUAGAAACUGAGAGAUCAAUGACUCUCCUGACUCAUCAAACACAUCUACAAAAACAAAAGUGAACUCUACUAAGUUCUUAAAUCUCUGUGUGAAUCUGUUACUUUUUAGACAAACUGAUUUUGUAUAUGGAAAAGUAGCUCAAACUAAAUUCUGAAUAAAUUCAUCCAUCUUACCCAAACGUCCUGUUACAUGAAAAACAAAACAUGCUGCAGACAAGAUCGGCCCACAGUCACAGGUAAUGUUGUGAUGCUAAAAAUACCUAAAUGGAAAUGUUUUGUUUCAAUACUUUUUCUAAGAGGUCAUGAAUAUCGAUGUGUCCGUGAUGCUGAUUUUCAUGAUUACUUGAGAUCUGUUUAAUCCCACCAUAUGGUUCUAUUAGUGGCAUAAUGUGAGAACAAGUAAUGCUUGCAAUGCUUCCUUGCUUGUCACUGUCAGCUUGUCAGCUGGUAGUCAAUUUUUUGAUAAUAUAGCAGAUAUUGGCAGCCAUCUGUACUUGUCUUUCUGUAAAAAGUCACAGAUGGACCCACGAACAUGGAUGACUUGGUGGGCUGAGAGCAGAUCUUCAGAGGAGAACAACAGCCAUGUUGGAUUAAAAUGAGUCCACAAUUACACUUCAGGUUUUGCAGCAUUUUUGUGUCAAGCCAAUGGCAACUCUAAGCCACUCCCAUUCCAAGGUGCAUCCUUUCCUAUAUUCUGUAUCACAGGUGCACACAGGGAGUCCAGCAAGACCAGAGAGUAAUCCUAUAGCAUCUUGGCACACAAUGGCAGAAAAAACCUUGGUGGACUGGGAUGCUGGUCUCUUUGACUGCUUUGAGGAAGUCAAUACUUGCUGCUAUGGUUUCUGGUGCGGCCCCUGCCUCGCCUGCACUGUUUCAGGAAGAUUUGGAGAGAACAACUGUCUCCCCUUAUGUGACAUAUUUGGUUCUGCUGCAUUAGCAGCCUGUGGGAUGCCCCUCUGUGUUCCUCCUGCAGUUUUGUCUGUAAGGGCUGCCAUGCGAAACAGAUAUGGCAUCAAGGGCUCUCUCUGUAAGGACAUUGCAGUUUCCUGUUUCUGUGCCUCAUGCUCCUGGUGUCAGAUGCAUCGUGAGUUAAAGCAUCGCAAGAAAACCCCGACUGUCAUCAACAUAGAGAACAACACUGUUUACAACAUGCAGCCCAUUCCAGUUGCCCAGCCACCAGUGGUGAUGGCGUCUGCACAGCCACCCGCAGCUGGUUUUGUUGCUUAACCCAGGAGUUAUUAUGUGCUCACACUGACACUGCUCUGAGUUUGCUUUAAUGUAUUUAUUGGUGAAAUCAGAGCCUCUAAUCAUUUUUAAAUACAAUGUAUGAUCAAUUAUUUGUAUUAUUUUGCUAAUAAUCUUGCACAUUUUUUUGUUUAAUAGUUAAAUGAUGAGAAAUGAUGAUGAUGAUAGUGAGAACUGGUGAUUCACUAUAGUUCUGAGAUUAAUUUAGUAAAAAAUAGUUAACUGACGAAAUCAGAUACAAAGAUGAAAUCAGAGAUGUGGGCCUCAUUUUUGUAGCCAGCUAUGGCAAAAGUAUAAGCAUGUUUGGGGGGGAGUUCCUGCUUAUAUCAGGUAAGCUGCCACCUGUAAGUAGUUCUUUGCUGCCUCUUGAAAGACAAAAACAUGGUAGCUAGCUGCAGGAAAAGGAUUUUUAAAGUAAAAUCUUUAUGACAGGAUACAAAGUCUUUUACUUAUCCCACAUGUGGGAAAACAGUUUGUUAGAGACAAUACUCUGCUUCCUGUCUAAUAAGUGUUGCAGAAGGUGGUCAAGUUUCCAAUGCCAAAAAUAAAUGAACCAAAAAUUCAAACACAAUAAAACAUCAUGUCUUGUUUCUUUUGCUGAAAUACUUCAAUAAAUAAAGCCCUCUUCAGUC